UAUACAACGCAUGCGUGGCAUGGGUUCCUAUAGUGGAGCUGUUUGGGGUCUACGCAAGCGUUAUUGGUCAGCGGUGCCUUAACUAUAGUUCGCAUGCGCCUCCCUCUUUCCGUGAAUACCCCGUCUCUGACGUCAUUGCGCCGGAAGACUAUUGCUCGGUGUAUUAUCGGUGGCGUCGCAGUUGUAUACAAAAGAGUCCGCCAUUUUUUUUAUUGGCCGGGCGGAGAGCUCGGGCUCCGGGCAUGACCCCGCUGUCUCCUCGGGCCUCCGCCGGGCGGAAAUGAGGCCAAGAUGUCGGUAUCUGGUCUGAAGGCUGAGCUGCGGCUCCUUGAGUCUAUUUUUGGGAAGGAACACGAAAGGUUUCGGAUCAUCAGCUGGAGACUAGACGAGCUACACUGUGUGUUCAUCCAAAGCAGCGGAGGGGCCCUGACCAUUCACUGCAACAUUACGGAAUCUUACCCCACCUCUGCACCAAUAUGGUUUGUGGAAUCAGAUGACCCAAAUCUGACUUCUGUUUUGGAGCGCUUGGAGGAUAUAAAGAAAAGUAACACAUUGCUCCUGCAGCAGCUGAAGCGGUUGAUUUGUGACCUUUGCAGACUGUACAACCUUCCUCAGCAUCCUGAUGUGGAAAUGCUCGAUCAGCCUUUGCCCACUGGACAGUACACCAGUGUUACACUAGGAGGCGCCGUCUGUUCCUUGUGUCUCAACACAGAUUGUUACCGAAAUAUCAAAGAGAAGCAGCCCUGCGAAUUCAGUGAGCUGGGACACUGA